AAUGCCUUGCCAAGCACUUCUGCGUCCAUCAGUGAUCCUCUCUCUCGGUUCACUACCUUGUUAAAUAGUGUCAUGGAAAAAUUAGAUAAAAGUGCCGGAGCUAGUACGAAUCAGGAAAGUUUUUCUGGUUUUAGUGGUGCUCAUGCGCUUUCCUCAUCCGAUGAGGACAGGGAGAUUCCUGAUCUGUUUAUGGAUGGGGGCUCCGACCCUUUGGAUGAUUUGGAUAAUAUGGCCACAACUAAUCCUGUCGUUGACGAGGAAGAUAAUUCGGAAUUCCUUAGAGCCCUAGAGGAACUGUCCAGCCAUUUUCAUGGAGAGGAGGAAAAAGGUGAACCGUUGUCUGAACGCCUUGCCACCAUACUUAAUGCAAGUUUGAGACGGCGUCCAUCAACUGAGGGCGUAAAAAUGACUUACAAUAAAAUCAAACUUCCCAGCAAUGUACCAAACUUAACUGUUCCCUCUACCAACUCAGCCCUCACUAAAGCCAUGAGUUCUGGCGGGAAGCUCAUAGACACCAGACUUUUUCACACUAAUUCCUUGAUAUCUAAGGCAAUUGUGUCCAUUGCUCAAUGUGUUAGUGAUAUUGGUGAAAGAUCAGGGAAGACUAUUGGCCAUUACCUGGAUGGCUUGAACAAUAGCAUCAGACUAUUGGCUUCUGCUGUCAAUUACAUGAAUCAAUUGCGGAAGGAAGUUGCUCGACUUCACGUAAAUGACUCGGCCUUGGCAGAAUUAUGUCGAUGGGAAUGUGAAGUCGGUAGAGAUACUUUGUUUCCUUUUGACGUCACUAAAAAAUGUGAUGAAAUUCAUAAAACUAAGAGACUUGGAAGGUAUCCCAACCGCCCUUAUAGGACAACCGGACCCAGGAGGUUCACACAAAUUAGGCGACCUUACAACAGGAGGCCUUACUAUCAGCAGAGGGGAGACUCAAGGAAUUCGAGGCCUUUUUUAGGGAAAAUGGCAUCCCAAGGGAGGGGGAUGCACCCACACCAUGCCUCCCAUUAAGACCGCCUGAGCAUAAUUGGCAGGGUCCUGCACAAGAUUCAGGAAGACAGGGCGACAAUUCUGACUAUUCUACCUCUAUGGCCAACCCAGGUGUGGUUCCCCAAGGCCCUUCAGUUACUGGCAGCCUCGCCUUUGCUCCUUCCUGCCAACCCUCUACUGCUGCCACAGGACCCGAACCCCUUUUGCUGCUGCCUCACGCGAUACCCUACGGCGAUGGACCAAAGAUCUUAUGCGUGCUGCCGGUCUUGACCUUAACAUCUUUUCUCCUCAUUCUACCAGAUCGGCCACAUCCAGUAAGGCUGCUGUCACAUUGCCGCUCUCCACUGUUGUCUCCACAGUGGGUUGGUCCAGCGACUCGACCUUUGCAAAAUAUUAUAGGAAACCCUUAGGGGUAUCUACACAAUUUGCGGAGGCAGUGCUCUCCAGAGAUUGUUAACUUAUUUAUUUAUUUAUUUAUUUAUUUUUUAUUUUAUUUUAUUUUAUUUUUUUUCAUCUGUUGAUGUUUUUUCUGUGUUACUGUUUCUAUGUUAAAGUUUUCCAUGUUAAUAAUUUCCAUGUUUCCAUGUUGAUGCUUCCGUGUUAAAUAAUUAAAUCUUGUUUCAAAACUUAAGAGUUUUUUGGUGUUGGAUGUUAUGGGGAAAAAUAGAGUGUAUAUGUUAGAAAAUUGAACCUUUCCUUUUUCCACCUACCUAUUGUUCUUUGUUGAAUAUGUGUUACUACCACUGCCUGAAGGUUUGAGGAAUCACUCUAAAGCUCUCGUUGAAUGCCUCGGUGACGUCAGUUAAAUAUUGUGACGUGAAAUUGUAAGAUUAAACGAGUACUUACCAAGUAUGAAGUUUGAUCGUAAUUUCACGAACAUUUAACUGCGUCACUGAGGUAUUAAACGCCCUCCCCUUUUUUCCCUACCCUCUCUUGGAGCUUCAUAUUUCAUGGAAUUUACAUUAAUUAAAAUUUGGUGGGGGUAAUUGGCUGCUUCCUCAAACCUCUCUAAAAAGACUGGCGAUUGUUGACGUGGCGGACAUCUCGUUUAAUACCUCAGUUCGUGAAAUUACGAUCAAACUUCAUACUUGGUAAGUACUCGUUUAAUCUUACAAUUUCACCUGUCAAAUGCAAGUUUUGCGUAAAAGCAAUGAGAGAUUGAUGAUUUGGAUGUAGUUUUGUAUAUUUUUAUGUAUAUUUAUAUGUUUUUAUUAUAAGCUGUCAACAAGGGUACAUAACCUGCAGCUGCUCUACAACCUCCUCUGACCUCUGAUUAUACUCAGAUACAUGUAUAACAAAAAAAAAGGUACAUAUUGAAUGCGUAUACAUGCCCCUGUGCAUUGCACUACUCUAGAAUGAGUGGUGUAACACAGGAAACAUCAUGCCACCACGUGUAUGUCUGCAUCAGACAGUUAUCACCUCCUACAACCAAAAAAAAAAAAAAAAAAAAAAAACUAAAUUUGUGGCUCAUUUCUGGUGCGCACUAAGUUUUGUGUGUAUUUGUACGCGUAUAUAUAUGCGUGCCAGAGGUUAACACAAUGCCCAGACAACCCUCCAGUGACGCACACAAAGGAAGGGAGGGCCUAGGAAGCGCAGAGGAGGUGGGAAGAGGGAGGGAUGAGGGAGGGACAGGGUUGACCAGACCCUCUGUGAAUCACAUGGGGAUGGAGGGGGAUGGACUGCUAGUACACAGCACAAGCCAGCAAUACAAUAGUCAGUCCUGACCUACAGAAAACGCACUUUCCAAUGGUGCUAACGCCAGCUCACUACCUCUUACUGCCAGUUUUUUACAGCCCUUGCUAUAUGUAGGCUGAUCGGCAUUACAGUUUCAAAUUUCACCCGCCGAUAUGUAGGUUGGUCACACGUUAGGGGUUAAAGCAAGAACGUUAAACUGAAUAAAUUGAGAAGGGUCCCUAUCAUCCAUCAAGGGGCCAUUGUUAUGCUCCAUUUGUAGUGAUGGAAACAUUUUUCCUGGUUCUGGCAUCCUUAGUCUUUUUUUCUUAAGUAUUCUAUUUACAACUUGGCCAAGUUCACAGUUAGGUUUUCUAAGCAUCUUUUUUAAUAAUCCUAAAUAGUUCUCAAAGGGAAAUGCAGAAAACUGAUCAAGUUUUCCGUAUUUGGCCACGUUAUCUGGUAAGUGUAUAAGAUUAUGCACAUUAUAAACUACAUGCCUGGAUCCAUGCAACUGUUCAAAAUGCUGUACAAAAGACUUCAGUAUCCUUGCCAAUUCAACAAUGCAUUAGGGAGUGACAGCAAAAAAAUACCUACAUGGAGUAAAAGAAAAUUUUUGUACAUAUUAUCAUCGAUAACCCCUAGCACACUAAUUGGUCCUGUAUAUGACAGAAAUUAUCUCAUUUCAGUAGCUCUGAAUCUGUCAAUAUCUUUAAGUGAUCUUGGUUUCUGUGAGAACUUCAUGGGCAUGUAAGGUGAAAGUUGCUCAAGUCUAUGUGAUAUGUAUUUUUUGUUAUUUGACCCAAUUCUUGUAAGAAGAGGUCCUCUUAAAAAAUAUUUAGCAAUUUCUUCAUUACACCAAGGUAAAUAAGAUGCAUAGGAUCCAAAACAAACUGUGUAACCAGACCAUUGUUAAUAGACAUAAGUGGACUUGUGCCUUUAUGUUGAUCAGGAUCGUUCAUGGAAGCAAAGUCUGCAUCUGGCCUUUUUGGAGCAUUGCUCCUUCAUAGUUUCCAAUUUGAACACAUCUUUGACAACCAAUGUAUCCUGAAUGAGGGACAGUGCAUUUUAGGAAUUGAUGUGCAGGAGCAUCACAUACAAAGGAGUGAAUAAUAACUGAAUAGCUCAAACUUCUGUAUUCCUAACCAUCUUUUAAGAAGAUAAUUUCUGUUAAGAAGUCCUCAAGAUAAGCUGUCACAUCGUUAGAUUUGGUGUUACCCAAAAAAUGCUGAUGGGAUAUGGUUUUGAUGCAGCCUGCAUAUUUCUUGCUGGGAAAAACUGAAUAAGUAUUGGCCAAAACUGUUUUGAAGA